UUUUUUUUUUUUUGUUUGGAUUGAAAUUGUUUGUAAAUUGAACAGAAAAAAACAAUGUUCAUGUACCGUGAAAAUCCGCGAUACAUCCCUUGUCAAACAAUUCCCUAAAAUCAAAGCCGUCGCGGUGUCCGAACCCUACCUUCGCACGCGCACCAAAAACGUCUAGAGAGAGAGAGAGAUGGCGAAAUUUUCGCUGGAUAGAGAUGAAGACGGUGAAGGCCCAAGUAGCCCGGAGCCGAAGCGACUCAGAAUCUCUGUCCAAAGCGACGUCGCAGGUCGAGACAACCAAGAACAAUACGAAGAGGAAGAAGGUAAGGAAUCUGACGAAGAUGAAGGAGAAGAUGAAAUUUACGAAGAAGAAGAUAGUGAAGAAGAUGCUUCUGAAGAAGUAGAAGAAGAAGAAAUUUCUGAAGAAGAAGCCCAACGGUGGCAAGAAGAAGACUCUUCCGUGUCUGUGGGACCCAGAUCCAAUGGUGGCGGCCAAUUGUGUCGUGAUGGAUCCAUUACCGUAACCCUUACCGACCCGGAAGUUUUGGAUUGCACUAUUUGCUUCGAACCUUUGUCCUGUCCCGUCUUCCAGUGCGAGAAUGGGCAUAUAGCUUGCUCUUCCUGCUGCAUCAGACUUUUGAAUAAAUGCCCCUCAUGCUCUUGGCCUAUUGGCUACAACCGAUGCCGAUCCAUUGAGAAGGUUCUAGAAGCAGUUAAAAUUUCAUGCCCAAACACUGGAUGCAAAGAAGCAGUUAGUUACAGCAAGAAAAAUGAACAUGGGAAGACAUGCAUGUAUGCACCUUGUUCAUGCCCCCUUUCAAAUUGCAACUUUAUUGACUCAUACAAGCAGUUAUACCUACACUUCAGCAGGAAACAUCCAAGCUCUGCAGUAGGCUUCCUCUAUGACUGCAUGUUCUCUAUUUCGUUAAAUGUCGAUGAAAAAUUUAUUGUCCUUCGAGAACAGUAUGACGGGGUUUUAUUUGUCCUCAACAAUAGCAUUGAGCUUCUGGGGAAUAUAUUGGCAAUUAGUUGUAUUGGGCCCUGCUCAUCAACAAGAGGGUUCGUUUACACUCUUCUGGCUAGAGCGCAUGGAGACAUCCUCCGAUUACAAUCUUCGACAAAGUACAUUCAACAGCGGGUGGAUGAUCCUCCCUCGACGUGUUUCAUUCUAAUUCCAUCUGAUUUUUUUGUUUCUGGCCAGCUCAAGUUGGACGUCCGCAUCCAACAAAAUAACGCUGCUGCUGCUGCUGCUGCUGCUUCUACAUGCGACCAGAGAAGAAUUGGUGCUAUUUAAAGUUUUAUCAUUUAUUUUAUAUAUUGUUUUAGGGAGCAACUUUUAAGUUUUAUUUUUCUUUAACUGUUACAUCUAAAGUUAAGUUCCGCUAUUUCUUUCUAUAAAAUAUGUAGUUUUACCUCAA